UUAUCUUCAGUGAAGAUUUUUAAAGUAGUUGGGAUGGAGUCCAGGUCACACCUGUUUUGCAAACAGCAGUGUGUGAUUUGAGUGGAAGAUUUGUUAAGGAAAUGUUCAGGUUGUCAUGGGUAUCUAGGGCUCUGCUUCUGCCAUACUGUACUUUUCUCAGAAUUCUUAUGAUUUCGAUCUUUACAGAACACAAUUGGAAUGCAAAAUUUGUAACUGGCAAAAGUAAGUUGAGCUUGAAUGGAUUGGAAUUUAGGUGUGUACAUGACAUUGAACUGCUGUCAAUUAUCUUUAUAUCCACAGUGAUAUUUUUGAGUUGAUUAAAUAUGCUUGCUGUGGCAUAAGGCGUUGAACAAGGGGAAUAUUUUUUGAACAACUAGGUACAUUAUCAUAGGAGAUAUAAGUUUAAUUUUGACAUCUUGUAUUUUGUAGCCCAUUGAUUGAAUUAUUUUUUAAAUAUUAAGGCCCAAAUGUUUCACUGACAAAUCAGUAUUGGAAUGAGUAAUUUCUUCUCUAGCCUAUAUAUCUACCUAAAGUAAAUUCCAAAAUAUUCAAUUUAAUUUUGCAUGACUUGCAACAUGGAUGCUUUAUAUGUAAUGUGACAGAGAUGAAUAGUCUUAGUUGCAGGUUAAAUUUAACUUUCUUCUUAACAGGGGCAUCCAACUUGAAAAUCCUUGCUACAGUAUUUGGGCUUCAUAUAUGGGGACAGUACUGACUGUAACCUUGGAAGCCUCUUUGGUAAUUUGGAAACCUUUUUGGUAAUUAUGAGUUUCUAAAUAAAAAUUAAAUCAUAAGUCAGAUAUAAAAAUUAUUUCCGCUAAAAUAUUUUGAAAUUGUAUUUCAGUCAGGACAACUCACAUAUUUAAAUGCCCUGUUAGAAAUGGCAAGAAAAUGCAAAUAAAUUACAACAUGCCUAUAUGUAGCUGGCUCUGAUGCUAUAGAUAUCAGCUUGUGAUAAGGUUAGAAUAUGUUUUUUUCCCCCACCAUUUUUUGUAAGCAAGAAGGCUAGCAUUGCCAGUUUUUUUAUAUAACUGAGAAAAUGAAGAUAUCAGGAGUUAACACUAGGUGGCAGCGUUUUGCAUAUAAUGAAUCCAUUUAAUUGCCAGGAAUCCUAUGGGGUGACAAAAAAUGAGUGUGUGGGUAGUUGCCUGGGUUGAAUAAGCACUGGUAGGCUAACCUGCCUGCAUCAGUGGCACCAGCAACACAGUCCUUGGGCACAGUCACUGCAGAACUGCGAUAUUAGCAGAUGCUCUUGUCCAACGUAUCCACUUAGCAGAUGCUCUUAUCCAACUUCUCCACUUACACAGAUUACAUUAUUUACAUACAAACAGUUUAUGCAGCUGGAGAAAUUGAGUUUAAGUGUUAUCUCCAUGCACUUAAACUCAAAGACAGCAAUCCAGCUGCAAAUUGAAACUUUUAGUUACAAGCCCAGGUCCCUGACCAUUCUACCUGACGUGUUGUGGAGUGAAAAGAACUUGUGUCUGACUGAACAGCUUUUACAAGAUGCUCAAGUAAGAAGACUUUGGUAGAAGACAAAAUAUGGAAAAAGUUGUUUAAAACAAUAUGUCUACCUCCAGAAUUUAUAUAAUAUAUGUGUAGAGUAUAUGCACAUGUCUAUGAACGACUGAUUGAAAGAUACAGAUAGCUGGGUAGCUUUCAAAACACUUUUUAUGCUUUACUGAGGUUUUUAUUUUGUCUGAAACUCAUGUGGUGCACACUUGCGAUGAGCAGGCCCAUUCAAAUGAGCUUUUGGGACUAUUCUGAUGUUGGAAUGAGAUGAGCACUAACAUUAGCUACCUUGCUCACGAGUCGACAGAGCAAGUGUAACGUUAGUAUAGACGCCACUGAAGCCACUGUGCCGUAGUGCUACUGGAUUAUAGUACCCAACCCUAUUCAAGAUUCUGACAACUACAUGACUACAAGGUAGGCCCUAAUACCUAAAACUACUAUUGCAGGCUUAGCCCAGCCAAGGGCUUGUUUUGUGGGGCUGCUGCAACGUUACAAGCAGUGAUCAAUAUCAUUCAAAACAUAGAGAAAUGACAGGUAGUUUGACUGUUCAUCGCCAUUUAAGUGAGUAUGUGUUCAUAACUUUAUUUCCUUAUGCAAAAUUGCUAAUCAGGGCAGCAUAGUGGUUCAGUGGGUAGCAAUGUUGCCUCACAGCAAGAAGGUCUUUGGUUUGAAUCCUGGCCUGGGCUCUGUGGAGUUUCCAUGUUCUCCCUGUGUGCGUGUGGGUUUCCUCCAGGUACUCCGGUUUCCUCCCACAGUCCAAAGACAUGCAGGUAGGUGGAUUGAAGAGACUAAAUUGUCCAUAGGUAUAAAAGUGUGAGCGAAUGGUGUGUCCCCCCUGCAACAGAUUGGCGACCUAUCUGCUAAAAGUAUUGAUAUCAAAACAAGGCCAAGUAACAACAAACAAUAUCUUAGCUCACACAAAUUUAACAAGCUUUAUUCCAAAGCAACGCUACCUAAUGUUUCCUCAUUUAUUGAAUGUAAUUUGGUUUGUUUUUUCAUCUUACCAUCUGCAGAGAAUGUUGUGCAUUCUAAAUUUCCCACAUCAAAUAAUACUUAGAUAGAAUACUUCAUGAUCCCCAUUGGGAAAUUUUUAUAGCGGCAUGUAACAUUCACAUUUACAAACAGACAUUUCUACCAAGAAACAUACAGUCAUUUAUACUAGAGAAAUGGGGAAGGGAAUUAAUAAAUAAUCAAUAAUAAUAAUAAUGCAUUUAUUCAUGCUGUGUUUUUCAUACUCUAGUACUGUACUGGAUGCAGGAAAUUGUUCAGACAUAUACUGUAGUCAUUUUUACAAUUUUUAGUGUGAUAGCUGAAUUGCAGAUUAUUAUUUGCAGAUGAUUGGCAUUUCAUACUUUCAUGUUAUACAUAACAUUUGAAUGACCACAUUCUCUUCAGAUGGUAAGAUCUAAAAAACACAGGGCCAAGAUACAUGAAAUAAACACUUGCACUAGCAUUGCUUUGGAAAUGUGUUUCUGUUGAGAUGUAUUCGUAAGCAGUGUCUCGCAUGCAAUUUACCAGUGUUCCAUGAAUGGACUAGUCCAUGCAAAAGAAAAUGAAUGAAAAAACAGGGUGGUCAUGUUUACUGUCUCGGAGAUUGCUGCGACAUUUUAGGCUCCACAUUUCAUCAAAUCCAAUUGUUUUGAUUAAAAUAAGGACAUGAAAAGUGAUGUUGACCUCUAAUAGCGAGACAAAAUGACAAUAUUUAUCGACCGAUAUUAACGUGCGAUUCCCCCGUUGCUAAAUGGUAUUUUCCUAUCUGUGUCGGUCAUAUAGUAAGUACACAACACUGGAAUUUUAUUUACAAUAACGUACAGCAUCCCGACCAGCCGAUUGUAUCAGACUAACAUCACUCUGCAUUCUGUGAUCUGGUACCCACUGGAACCUCCGGAAGAGGGAUUGGAGAAGCCAUGCCCGAGCAGAGCAAUGACUACCGGGUAGUGGUCUUUGGGGCAGCCGGUGUUGGUAAGAGUUCUCUCGUGCUGCGGUUCAUCAAAGGCACCUUCCGGGAGACCUACAUUCCCACCAUUGAAGACACAUACCGACAGGUGAUCAGCUGUGACAAGAACAUCUGCACCCUGCAGAUCACAGACACAACAGGCAGCCACCAGUUCCCUGCCAUGCAACGCCUCUCCAUCUCCCGAGGCCACGCCUUCAUCCUGGUCUACUCGGUCAUCAGCCGCCAGUCUAUGGAGGAGCUGCAGCCCAUAUAUGAGCAGAUAUGCCAGAUAAAGGGCAUUGAUGUACAGGGGAUGCCUGUCAUGCUGGUGGGCAACAAGACCGAUGAGACCCACCGAGAGGUGCAGACCAGCGAGGGGGAGGGCCUGGCUGCCCGCUGGAAGUGUUCCUUCAUGGAAACCUCGGCAAAGACCAACUACAACGUACAGGAACUGUUCCAGGAGCUGCUCAACCUGGAGAAGAGGAGAGUGGUCAGUCUGCAGGUGGAUGGCAAGAAGUCCAAGGCAAUGAGGGCCAAAGACAGACUAAAGGGGAAGUGUGCCAUCAUGUGAUUGGUAAUGAAACUGCAUGGCAUCACAUCAGCCCAGGACAUUCAAUCAAAUAUACCCAGUUCUGUUCUAAAUCAGGCAACCCUGGUCGUCAAGUGUGAAAGAUGUUCCUGGUUUUUUUGCUCUAUCCAAACCUAAAACUGCAUAAUUUGAUUAAUUAUUAGGCUUAAUGAAUGCAAGUAACCAUAUUCUGGAGGUGUUCUGCCAUUUCACUAGUAUGGCUCUUCAGUCUCUAAAUAAUCAAUCAAACUCUUGUGAUCAGCACAGAAGAUGUGCCUAACCAUGUGCUGUAUAUUAAUGUAUAUACAUGUAAUCACGUGAUGGUUCCAAAUUGGAGGACAGUUAUAUGAACAUUCACCCAAAGCAUAUUAUCCUCUGACAAAUUAAAAAAUUAAAGUGCUUUCAUUAGUAUCAUGAGUGUAACGGCGACCCUGGUACACAUGAAGCUCGGUUAAUGUCAACCUGCUGAUUUUUUAUGCCUGAACUUUAUUCGUAAAUUUUUUGUGAUUAUGUUAAGGCACUUUCAUGUUGCAGCAUGAUAAAAAUGUUUUCAAUGGUAAUAUGUUGCAUGAGUUUAUAUUCUGAUCCUACCAACUAUCAUUAACUUAUAUCAUUAUGUGAACCAUUAAAAUCAGUUUUUAUUUACUGAAGUGUUUUUAACGAAAGAUGAUUUUGGCCUGACCAGAAUAAGGUUGCGUAUUGGCAUGUAUUUCAUUUGUUCAUAAAAGAGUACAAAAUGCUGUAUCACAUGUUCUGUUUUCUUAAUUUGAAACUGAUUAAAUAUAGGAUAUCCAAGGUCUGGAUCUGCUAAGCUGUGAUCACAGCUAUAACAUAAUCAAGCAUGUACAGAGUGGUCCUCGUGUUGUUGCAGUAAUAUUAGUUAUUAGUCAGUGUGUCCAAGACUGGUGUGCCUAAAUCAUGAUUUAAUGGGGUGUAAAUGAAAGGAAAUGUCACUGUUCCUCGGGCUGUCAAUGUAGGUACAUGUGAUGAAUUAUAUGUAGCCAUGCAACUGCAGUUAAGGUUUAAUCUUUAUUUUGCAUAAUGAUUACACUUGGUGACAGCAACAGUAAACCAGGAACCCAGUGCAUUAAGCAAGACUGUUAUUAUUUCCUGAAUAAGUCUAAGCAUCUCAAGUUAAAACUAAGUAUGUAUUGAUCAAUAUUAACACAAUGUGUCGGUACUUUAAAUCAGUGUAGACCCAGCUCACCUAAAAUAGACGAAAGGGAAUGUUAUAAAAGGCCAAGGUGCUA